GUUUACACCGGUGGGUGGAGAUGUUCUUUUUCCUCCAUCCAAACUGAACGUUUAAACAUGGUUGUCUCUCUUGAACCCUAGCAUUAACUCAGCCCGACUCUCCCUCGGAACCGAAAGCCGCCUCUCUCUCUCUCUCUCUCAUGGACGAACCAGAAGAGCCAUCUUCCACAAACCCAAACGCCAAACCUCUAUGCGAAGAGUGCAAGUUGAACCCGUCAAAGUACAAAUGCCCCGGUUGCUCUACACGCUCUUGUAGUCUUCUCUGUGUCAAAGCUCACAAACAACGCACUGGGUGCACGGGCAAGCGGCAACAGACUCAGUUCGUCCCUCUCUCUCACUUCGAUGAUAAUCUCCUCCUUUCCGAUUAUAACAUGCUUGAGGAUGUAAAGAGGGUAGCCGACUCUGCUCAGAGAAUGAGACUUAAGCUGGGCGGAUAUCCUCAUUUUAGGCUUCCUUUCCCUCUAAAAAGCCUUCGGAGUGCUGCAGCAAGUCGGAGGACUAAACUCCUGUUUCUUCCAAGUGGAAUGUCAAAGAGAGAGACAAAUCAAUCAUAUUACAACAACAGGAAGAAGUUCAUCUCCUGGUCAAUUGAGUGGCGGUUUCAUGCAACAGACGACGUUGUGUUGAUUGACCAUGGAGUCGAUGAAAGUAAAAGUCUCUGCUCGGUGAUUGAGAACCAUUUAAAACCCAGUCCGUGGAAUCACAAGCUGAAGCAGUUCUGUGAGGAGCCUCUAGACUCGCUCAAAUUUUUCAUCCGUAAAUAUCCGAAGGGUCCUAAAUCACCUUUCCGGGAGUUUGACAUAAAGGCUCCAAUCCGCCAACAACUUGAAAAUUUGGUUAUUUUGGAGUAUCCCGUAAUUCAUGUUUUUCUUCCUUCACACCCUUGCGAUUUUGAAGUCAUCAAGGAUGCCAUUCCUCAGAGAAUAGAGAACAAGCAGUCUGUCAGUAGUAAUCACCCAAGUCCAAAGGGGGUGACCUUUAGGGAGGAGGAGAUAGAAGAUGACCCCUCUCCAAAUCCUCAGGUUUUGGAUCUCAUGAAGUAUUCCAUCCCCGGUAAAGACAAGGUAAUUGAGAAGGAAUUCCAUGAAAAAUUAGACACGCCAUUGUUAGAGACUCAAGCCCAUGAAGCACAGGAUAAUUUAUACAGCUCCAGCACCAAGACCACGAACACAGGAGUGUUUGAGGACACAGAUUUUGAUUUUGAGCAAGGGUUGAUUGAUGCAUACUCGGAUCUUAUUGCACAAACUAAUCCUGAUGACUUUCUUGAUUGGGAAGGUAUGUUUCCUGAGGAAGUGGGACCAGUGGAAAGAAGGGACAACCCGGAUUUCAGCAGAGGCAUCCCAGUGGAGGAUGAGGAGUUAGAGGAAGGUGAGAUACCUGGAUAGUGAGUACUCUGGAUGCUAUAUUGGUUUUGGAGUAUGAAUAUUGAGUUACAGUUAUAGAAGGUGCAUCUCUGAGGAGUUUGUUCCAGAGUCGAGUGUAUAAAGUACACUGGCAUUGUUGUGUGAUGGUCACCGUUGUUUGACUUUGUUUGUUUUGUUUAUUCUUUUCUGUGCUGUAAAAUUUUUGGGGCUAGGGAUGAUGAUUCCAGUGGAGGAUAUGCUAUCUCUGUUGUCUAGUUCAAAAUGUUGGUUUUUGAAUUGAUGGUAAUUGUUCUGCAA